AUGAAGGUCAAAGUGAUCUCCAGAAACCCGGACGACUAUCAGCGCGAAACAAAUGCCGAUAUUCAUAAAUUGGUGCGUAACUACAAUGUUGACAAGGACCCGUUCCAAACGCAAACGGAAUAUGUGCGCGCGAUGAACGCCACGAAAUUGGAGCGGGUUUUUGCCAAGCCCUUCGUCGCCUCCCUGGAUGGGCAUCAAGAAGGUGUAAAUGUGCUUGCCAAUCAUCCUUUUCGAUCGUCGACGAUCAUAUCCGGGGCGCGUGAUGGGCAGAUCAAAAUCUGGGAUUUGCCGCGGAAGACGUGCAUUUCGACCAUCCAAGCGCAUAGAGGGUUGAUAAAUGGGCUUUCUGUCGACCAAUCGCAGGGCACACAAAUGGUGACGGUCGGCAGCGAUUCGCAGAUUAAAAUUUGGAGGGUCCCGAUCACAGGCGAAGAGGAUGGAUUGGACGAGCCGGUGCACAGUAUUCCACUUGAUGAAGUUGCGCACUCCGUCUCCCAUAUCGCCAACUCGGUGGAAUUCGUGACGAGCGGCGACACGGUGAAUGUCUGGCGGCCUCAGAGGGAUUCUCCAAUCAGAACCUACAACUUGGGCGUAUCAACAAUUCACUGUGCUCGCGCGAACCCCGUGGAAGAAGCCGUGAUUGUCGGCCUUACCUUGGAUAGAAGCAUUUUCGUAUUGGACACUCGGCAAAAGACGCCUUUGAAGAAGGUUACGAUGAAGCUGCGCCCCAACAUGGUCACCUGGAACCCCAUGGAGCCGUUCAUGUUCUCGGUGGCCAACGAUGACUACAAUGCCUACACCUUUGACAUGCGCUACCUGCAGCAGCCGACAAAGGUGCACCAGGGUCACACGAUGGCCGUCAUCGAUGUGGCCUACUCGCCCACGGGCCGCGAAAUUGUCACCGGCAGCUUUGACCGUACGAUGAGGAUAUUUGGGACCGAAUCGGCGAGCUCGAGGGAAGUGUUCCACACAAAACGGAUGCAGCACGUCCUGUCGGUGCUCUACUCGGCCGACGACAAAUUUGUCCUCUCCGGCUCGAACGAGAUGAAUAUUCGCGUGUGGAAGUCUAAUCCGGCCGAGAAAUUGGGCCCGAAAACGAAACGCGAAGACGCGGCGCUCAAGUACGCGCAAAAGCUGCGCCAACAGUACAAGGAACACCCAGAAAUCAGGCGCAUCCAGCGUCACCGUCAUGUCCCGUCAUCGGUGCACAACCAAGCGAACGAACUGCGCGUCAUCCGCUCAUCAAAACAGAAAAAGGAGGAGCGCCGAAUCAUACACAACAACGCCAAGCCCCAGCGCCCGAAUCAUAUGGUGGACGAGCCGGCGGAGCAAGACGAA